CAAGUGUAACCUUCAGACUUGCCGUAUCUGAGUGCAAGAGAAAAGCUACUGCCCCAUAGGAGAGGGCACCAUGUACCCAGCAGUGCUCGCCCUGCUAGUCGCAACAAUUGUCUACUAUGGCAUGGCCACCCCUGUGAUUAAGGAGGGAGGAGAGAUAAUUGUCAGUCCUGGGGAUCGCGUUACUCUUACGUGCUCAGGCAAUCAAACUGUAAAAUGGGACAUAAGGAAAUCAACCAAAUGGAUUGUUAAGCAAUCGGAAACCAUUUCAGUGCUGGAAAUAAAGUCAGCCACUUAUAAGGAAACCAAAAGCUACAAGUGUGUUUACAAUGACACCCGGUAUUCUGGAAUGGCAUCGGUGCACUUAUAUGUCAAAGACACAAGCUAUAGCUGGAGCACCUUCUCAGGCACCGUGGUUAAAAUGGAAGAAGGCAAAGAUGUGGUUCUACCCUGCUUGAUAACAGAUCCAUCUAUCCCACGCGCUAACAUUCAGCUGGAGUCCUCCUCAUUAAACUCAGCCAACAUAUCAUUUGAUUAUCAUAAAGGCUUUACUAUUCAUGGGGUGCAGAUGGAAAAUGAUGGAAUGUAUAUCUGUAAAGCCACAGUGAAUGGCCAUGUGAGAAAGUCUCUAGAAAUGAGGCUUUUUGUAAUUGAAGUGCCACGGUUACCUCCCAAUGUUACUAUGGAACCUCAAAAUGACAUUCGAAUAAAAGGAGAAGCAUUCAAAAUCACCUGCAAAGCAACUGGUAAAGUGUUACCUGUACUCCGAUGGGAAACCCCUGCAACAGAUUAUACAGUCACCAAUACAACAAGGCUUACUCUGAUGGACUGGACUACCACUUCCACCUUAUAUAUCCAUAAAGUGAACUUCACUGACAGCGGGAACUACACAUGCAUAGGAUACUACCCAUCAUACGCAUCACAACUGAAGAGAAUUUCUACGUCUCUGCAUGUGAUAGAGGAAGGCUAUGUACGCCUCACUACGUUAGGUAACAACAGGAUAACGCUAAGAGCUGGAGAAAGUACCAACAUAACGAUCCUUAUUGAUGCAUAUCCAAGUCAGUUGUCCUGGGCUUGGAUACAUGAGAACCAUGGAAACCAAUCAAAUGUGUCCUCACAAGCAGUGGUGAAACCGGAUGGGCAUUACAGGAAUGUGACUAUCUUGCAGCUAAAUCGGAUAUUGGAAUAUGAAGAAGGCUCCUAUACCUUCACCGCACAGAAUGCAAGAGCUAACGCCUCUUUGGCUUUCAAAAUAGUCUUGAACCGCCCACCUGUGGUUAAUAAAAUGUGGUCAAUUAAUAAUACUUAUACUUGCACAGCAUCUGGAUAUCCAUUACCCAAAAUUGAAUGGUCUAAGUGUUCCGAAAAUAAAAUUUGCCAUGAAAAUAUAAAGCAACCUAUGACAAAUUAUAACAUUAUAGUAGAAAGUCAUUUAACAGUCACGCAGAACAUCACAUCCAUUGUCUGCAAGGCUUUUAACUCGGUAGGAGAGGACUCUAGGGAAAUGGAAUUACCACGGACAUUUGAAACGAGCCGUCCAGACCAGGAAAAAUUAUUUACACCUAUUGUGAUAUCAUCUCUGAUUCUAGCAGGAAUAUUUAUUGUGUUGUCAGCCUUCCUGUAUUACAAAUACCAGCAGAAACCAAAAUAUGAAAUCCGCUGGCAGAUCAUUCAGCCUGCAGAAGGUAACAAUUACACAUGCAUCGACCCAACUCAGCUCCCAUACAAUGAUAAAUGGGAGUUUCCAAGGACCAACUUGCAAUUUGGAAAGACCCUGGGAGCAGGAGCCUUCGGGAAGGUGAUGGAAGCUACUGCUGUUGGCCUGGGAAAUGAAGAUUCGGCAGUCACGGUCGCUGUGAAGAUGCUUAAACCCAGUGCCCAUACAGAUGAGGUGGAAGCUUUAAUGUCAGAACUGAAAAUUCUGAGUCAUCUUGGCAACCAUAAGAAUAUUGUCAACCUGCUUGGCGCUUGCACACAUGGAGGCCCGAUUCUCGUGAUCACAGAGUACUGUCACUAUGGAGACCUGCUGAACUUCUUGCGGAAGAAAGCACAAAUCAUGAAUGAAAUGUUUAGUGCAUCCCUGGAAGAACAGAGCAGUACAUCAAGCGAUUACAAAAAUAUGACUAUUGAGCAUAAGUAUAUAAAAAGUGACAGUGGCUUCCUAAGCAAGGGCACGGACAGUUAUGUUGAAAUGAAACCGGUCUCCUCUCUCUCAAGUCAAGGGGAUUCCCUCAUUGAUGAAAAAGAUACUGAUGACAUGUUGCCCUUAGACCUUUAUGACCUUCUGAGUUUUUCAUUUCAAGUCUCCCAAGGAAUGUCCUUUUUGUCAGCUAAGAAUUGUAUUCACCGUGAUGUUGCUGCCAGGAAUGUACUGGUGUCCCACGGACGUGUUGUCAAAAUCUGUGACUUUGGUUUGGCCAGGGAUAUAGAGAAUGAUUCAAAUUAUGUUGUUAAAGGCAAUGCUCGUCUGCCAGUAAAAUGGAUGGCCCCUGAGAGCAUAUUCGACUGUGUCUACACAGUGCAAAGUGAUGUGUGGUCCUAUGGAAUCCUUCUGUGGGAGAUGUUCUCACUUGGCAGAAGUCCCUAUCCUGGCAUCAUGGUUAAUCGCAAGUUUUACAAGAUGAUCAAAGAAGGGUACAAGAUGGACUGCCCUGAUUAUGCUCCAUUGGAAAUAUAUCGCAUCAUGAAGACUUGUUGGGAUCUGGAGCCCACUCAGCGCCCGACCUUUAACCAGAUCAGCACACUCAUCAGCAAGCAAAUUAAUAUACUUAACAAUCAGGACUAUGCCAACAUCUCUGAGGAUCAACAAGUCCAGGAAUGCAUGGAGAACAAGCGUGAGAGCCAGCCGCACUUUAAGGGAAACAAUUAUCAGUUUUGUUAGCCUAAACACAGGCAUCAGAAUGAUUAGUGGCGGCAGGGAAAAUGCGCGGCUUUAUAUUGCUCUUGGAAGACUUCAGCAACAUUCAAGGCAUAGCAGAUAUUAAGCUAAUUAAGAGAUUCCCUCUCUACACUACCUCUGUGUGGUGAUAAUCAGGUAGCAUUAAAGUCAUAUCACUGGAACAAUUCUCAGGAUUUCUGCUGACAAAUUUACACAAUGAUUUAAGCAAUGAAACUGGGCUUGAGUUUUACUGACAUUGCAUUAUUCUACUGACUCGACUCUACUGACUUGGAAUGUACAGCCCAAACUGGUAGCUUAGAUAUAGUAAGGUGACUUGGAAAGAAAACACAUGCAGUAUUCUAGGCUUGAAGUACCACAGUCUGACUAAUUUGGUGCCUUUUGUUUAAUUUAACCAAAACAUUAUGGUAAAAUGCCUCCAUGUAGCUAAAACAGACAUUGGCCAUUGGUGCACACUCCCCUAAACACCAAAUAUUUAGCUUGUUCCUCUCUACAUGUUCCAUUUCUUCAACUGGAAAUGUUGGUAGUUGAGAUUCAUGCCACCUUCAUUGAGAUAAGGAUUCAAUGGAUUAAUGGGGGUUCUAAAAUCCCCUACACCAGGGGUCCCCAACCUUUUACACCUGUGAGCCACAUUCAAAUGGAAAAAGUGUUGGGGAGCACCACAAGCAUGAAAAAUGUUCAUGUGGGUGCAAAUAAGAGUUAUCAUUGGCUAUUUGGUAGCCCAUAUGUGGACUGGCAGCCUAAACAAUGCCCUGUUUGGCUUUACACUGUCUUUUUAUGCAACCAAAACUUGCCUCCUAACCAAAACUGAGCACCUACUUUGAGGCCACGGGGAGCAACAUGUUGUUCAUGAACCACUGGUUGGGGAUCACUCCCUACACAAUGGUCUCAAUUUCAUCCAACAGAUGUUUUAGAAACCAAGCAGACUGCCAUUAUCAGGAGGUACUUCAUUUAAUAGAUAUUGUCGAUUAAGCUUAUUAGUGAUUUGUGCUGCAGGAAUGGUGGUUGGGGAAAAGCAUUACCUUAAUUGAAAAAGGGACAUUUCUGUUUCCCUGUACAGAGCUCAAUUUUUGUAUUUCACGAUAUAUUCAUCAAUCCAGCAAGUAUGCAGUAUGUAUAAGCUUUUUAUAUAGAAAACAAUAAAUUAAAUUUAUAUCCUAAAAUCUAUUUUUAAUUACCAGCAAGUUUGCUUUUUUUUAACCUAUGUAAUAUAUGUCUUAUCUCCACCUCAGGGAUAUGCAACUUGUACACUCCAGUGGUCAUACUCCCAAGCAUUUCAGAUAAUAGAUCUCAAACCUGUAUAAGAAGUACACAAUGAAGUUACACUGGUCACUCUGGCUGUGUGUAGACAGCUAAGCAACAUUGGCUACACGCAUUGAUUAAAUUGAUACAAUGGAUUGCCCCUGCAGGCCCAUCAGUUAGAUCACUAGAUGGAAUUGAGGGCCUGCAUCUUUUUUGUUUUGACAAAUCAGUUGUGGGGCCAUUGCACCAGGGUUUUAUCUACAACAGUAUGGCUGAAAAUGGACAAUGGCUAGCUGGAGACAAUUGCAGGAUACUAACAUGGCAGACAUGAAGAAUUGACAUUUCUUUAAGAACUGGUGAUUGUUAUGUGUCUCCUGUAUUUAGUGUGUGUGUAUGUUUUAUUUAUUCCCAACAUUAUAAAGAGGGAAUAAUACAUUCAAAUCAUUUCAUUUGUACUGUGUGUGGAUGUUACAUUUUGAAUCUGUUCUUCUCUGUGAUCCUUAUGUACUCUGCUGAUUUUAGUAUUUCACUGUAAAAUGGCAGCUACUGAAAGUAAAAGCCUAAUGUUCAAAUAAAUGUCUCAGUUAUAUUAUGCAGCUCUUUAACUCCCUGAUUGGCCGUCUGUUUUGUAACUAACAGAAGCUUGGCAUAAAAAUAAAUAUUAUUCUGGAAUUUA